AUGGCCUCCUCUAGCAAAGAAAUCCCACUCGAAGUGUGGGAACGGCACAAGGACACCAUCUUAGGCCUUCGAUUCCAUGAGGGACUGCCGCUUGAUAGCGUCAAGACAAGCUCCAGAAAUGUCGUGCAGGUCAUGCGCGAUGAACAUCAGUUUGAAGCGACGACAGCUCAGUAUGAAGCACAACUCAAGAAAUGGAAAGCCGCCAAAUACCUUAAGAGACAAGAUUGGGAGGCGCUGCUCCCAUUGUACAGUACUCUGGAACGGCAGGGCCUCAAACCGCGCGUAAGGCUCGGCGACCAAAUCCUUGAGCAAAAGAGAAUAGAGAAAGCACGCCGCCGAUAUCUCCCAGCAAAGAAUAGAGUGCUUCAUGAAAGCAAUGAGUUGCCAACUUCAGCACAGGGCCGUUUGUGGCGCCUAGAGGUCUGGCGACAUGGCCAAUUUUCAGAAUAUUCCGGUCAGGAAGGAGAGCCUAGUUCUGCAGAUACACUACCCUCGGCUGUUUUUGGUCCUGGAGAUGCGAAUAUGGACAUAGAGGAGCUUCCCCUGCCGGACACUUUGGUACCAGCACAGAGUGACCCAAUCUGGACCGCCAACCAGUUCGAAGCCAACACACCUAGCUCCCAGCUUACCAUCUUUCACCCACCUUUAUAUUCACCUCAGCCGGACCCAGAGACAUUGAGCCAGAUGACUAGCUAUUUCAUGAGGCAGGGUAUCUUGUCCGGUUCGCCGUUUGCUCAUCUUGAUGCGUCUGUUGCAUUAAGUUCGAGAAAUGAAACAGAUGAUUUAGUAGCACAAUAUGAGCCACAGUUGGUGUUGUCAGAUGAGCAUACACAGACAAUGCUCCGAUGCAUAUCUCAAGAACCGCCCUGUCUCGCUUCCGAUACACUACUUCUACCAAAUUACAAGGGGAGCAGUAGUAUUUACAAUUCUAUACCGCCGCUGGUUGUAUGUCAGAAUGAGGCCCGAUUUAUCCUCUCCGGUGGAAAUGUCAAUAUCAUGAUCCAAAGCAUACUUCAAGAGCCUUCGGACAGUAUAUGCAUGGACCUAGAGAAUACCACUGUCCAGACCGUGUCUGAGCAGAUUGAGUCGCUACUUCGCGAUGGUUUCUUCGAAGGCGAAUGUCCCGGAAAGUCAGGCGCAGUUUCUGGAACUAUUUCAAUGUCCGAAAUCCACGGAAGGAUUCUCCUCUCAAUCGCCAAUAAUUUCUCGGGCCUAGAAGGCGUCCCGUGUGCUAUUGUUCUAGGAAUACUAAAGUCCUCGUCUCAGAUGACAGUUGACGUUGUGAAAUACCUUCAGUCAGGAAUAUUGAGUAUUUCUAAGCCCCUGGCUGACAAUUUGUUCCGUGCUGCCGUCGAAGCUGGCGAUUAUGACCUGGUCGACAUGAUUCUGAAAACCACCCAUGGCCAAGCCAACGAGAUCGACGUGAAUGGGAUUGUUUGCCAAUUGCACGGCAAAACUUUUACCGCGCUUUCAUUGGCGUCUUAUUUGCACCAGCCUGCCAUUGUCCGCAUGCUCAUUGAUUAUGGUGCCAAAGUUCAUGUUCCUGGGCAUCUGAUCUCGAGCAGCUGCGCAUUGACUUCACUUUACCAAGAAUACUGGGCUAGAUUGGAAAAGUCAUCCCGUUGUCCUAAAAAUGCAGCAAAGGCUACUGAAAUCGCGAGGCUAUUGCUGGACAGCGAACCCAAUGCUGUUGUGAGAUUGCUCGAAGACGAUUUUUUUACCACGCCUUGCCAACUGCUCGAAGUAUUAGUUCAAGCUGUGCCACCAGAGUACCAUCACGAGCUAUUCUCUCCACAAGAACUUGGACUAUUACAUAAAGCUUGUGGGCGUGGAGUAUGGAGACUAGGUAGCAUAGUGGAAAAAAUGAGGCCACCGGCAGCAGCCAAGGUCAUCAAAGGUCUUUUGGCAGAAUGCAAGACCACGAAAUGCGCACGAAGCUGUGUGGAGAAAAGUAGCAAGGAUCUCAAUUGCCUUCUCACUCUAUCCAUAACAGAGGGCAGCAUUGACCUUGCCAAAUACCUCCUGGAGCAUACUCGGCCAACAAUGGGGAACCUUUCGGCUGCCAUUCGCGGCGGACAACAGAAUAUAGUGAGCUCUAUGUUGGAACAAGGUGCUGAUACGAAUGGGGGAGCCGUAUGCUUAAAGAACAUGUCCCAUCUAUAUGGCGAUAGUCGUGAGUGCGGAGAGCCAACGACGCCGCUAGCCGAGGCUAUAAGAUCGCAAAACCGUGGUCUUGUUAGGUAUCUGGAGGAGAACGGUGCACUGGAUAGAAUAUCCAACCCGUCCUUGCCCGAUCUAGAAGCAGCAGUUAUCGCAACAGUGCAAGGAGGCAAUUUGCCUUAUCUCGAACAGCUUCUAGCACUAGUUCCACCCAAUAACGAGCGAAAUUUGGAAGGUGCUCUUGUAAAAGCAAUAGAGCUAAGACAUGUCAAAAUCGUGGAUAGGCUAAUGGUGUAUCUUGCUGCGGGCGACCACGGACACUUAAAGCAUGAGUAUGCAAUAUUACAAACGGCGAUAGAGAUACACGACGAAAGCCUAGUACACAAGACGAUCAAGUAUUUUGGAACGUCAACUGUGGACACCAUAGCCAUCGCGAAAGCUAUUCGCUGGGGGGACAUGAAUAUUGUUAAAUUCUUGAUUGAAAUGAAACCGACUAUGAUACAGUUAGAUGAUCCUGAAAUGACACUUGGAACUGCCAUCGAAAACGGCAACGUCGAGUUGGCGACUCUCCUUCUAGAUUGGGGUACUCAUCCUAGUGGGCUUCAAAAAGCAAUAGAGGUUGGUAGUUCUGAUAUGGCACGGCUCUUGUUGACAUACAGCGCCGAUCCAGCCGAUGAGGACGCUUUCUCACUUGCUCUUCAUGCCCCCAAUACUUCUUUGCUCAACAUCCUAUCGGACGCUUUCGCCUUGAGCUAUCCCAAUGGAAUUAAAGGGUUUGGCGGGAAGGCCCUAGUCGCAACAUUUGACGCUCGUGAUAUCUCAACUCUGGAAUUCUUGAUUGGGUUAAACCUCGAUGUAAACAGCACUGCGGCUCGGCCUGGUUCUAAAUAUGACUAUACUACCAUACUGCUGUACGCCAUCGAAUCCUGCGGGAAAUAUGACCCGGUAGGCAACGAAAUGAUCAGCCAGCUACUCAAGGCUGGUGCGUGGCGUGGCCGCCAGCCACUCCUCGUGGCUAUCAAGUCUAACAACCUGCAGAUAGUGAAGUUGCUGCUGGCUAACGGGUUCAAUAUCAACCAACCAACACUAGAGCGUCUAAGUCGCACGCCCCUGCAACAGGCAUGCGAGAUAGGCAACUUCCAAAUGGUCGAGUAUCUGGUUGAUCAAGGUGCAGAAGUCAAUGAUUCCCCGGCAGUAAAUGGUGGUGGAACUGCCCUUCAGCUUGCAGCUAUCAGCGGGAAUGUGAGAGUUGUUAGGCUUCUUCUGGACAAAGAAGCCGAUAUCCAUGCUGAUCCAGCGCCAUUUCAUGGACGAACAGCUCUCGAAGGGGCAGCGGAACAUGGCCGGAUCAGUGUCCUUAAUAUUUUGCUUGAAAAAGGUGCCAAUGGAUACAGUAUGGAUGCUAUUGAAAAAGCAAAAUCAUUUGCAGAGAAGCAAAAGCAAAGGGGUUGUGAGGAGCGACUCAAACAAGCCCUGUUCAGAGCUGGUGCAGGGGUCCGAGGUUCCCUAUGUCUUUGA